CAGCCACUGUUGGCAUUUAUCAGAGUUUAUUUAAUCUUCUCAUCAACUACUAUUGUUACCCUCAGUUGCCAAGUGCAGGGAGCAUGCGGGAAGGUUAAGUGACUUGCCCAAGCCCACACAACCGGUAGGAGCCCCAAUUCCAGGCCCUAGUUCCAAGGCUACAUUCUCCCAGGCGGCCUCCAACUGGGUUGGUUAAGUGCUGAAAGGACAGUGGGACAGUAACUGAGGCCCGUAUUGCCCAGAGCGUCCCCAUCCCCCGUCCGGAGCUGGAAGAGGCCAUAGACCGCCGCCUCCACAUCUUUUCCUCUCCUUCGGGUUCGGUGACUCACGACCCUUCUUCCUCUUUCCCGGGAUAUGACCUCAAAUUUCACCCCCUGCGAAAUUUGAGUACACGUGAGUCAGUCAGUCGGCCUGGACCCAUCAGAGCCCCGUAGCUGAGCUACCAGCCGACCUCAUUCCUCUGAGCCUAGUCGACAGCUGACCUUACCCAGCCCUCUAAAGCAGUUUGCGGUCACAAUUACCCCUCUCUUCACCCCGCCCCCAUCGGCAUCAAACACGACCCAUCUUCUAGCCCUCCUCCCCUUUCCCCGCCCACUCCGGCCUGGCCUUAUCCAGUAGCGUCUGGGUCCCUGGACUAAAGCCGUCAAAUGUAACCAAUUGCUGAGGAGCUCUCCCCUAAGAAUCCCGCCUCCACACUGAGGAACAGCUUCGCUGAUCAAUGGAUUCCCUCCUAGACGCAAUGAGCGCGCGGGGCAAGUGGAGAAGCGGCUGAACUGCCCAAUGAACAAGCGGUUUCCGUGGUUAGGGGCGUGGCAGAAGCGGUCGUCAGGGGCGUGGCGGCAGUUACUUGGGCGGGGCCGGUAGCGGCGGGAGCUGCACUGGCCAGGGGUUCCGGCUGUAUAUCCAUGAGCGCCGCUGGCAGCCGGGGAGCCGCAGAAACCAGACUGGGGGCGAGCUGAGCACCUGUAGUCAAUCACACGCAGGCACAGAUCAGUCCUUCAUAUUUAUCUGGAUUUAGCUGGUAGCAUUUGUCUCCUAAGACUUGGUCACAAAGGAAUCCAUGUGACCUUCAGGCCUUCUGCUCUAAACUGGCAGGAGAUCCUGUUUCUACUCACAGCGUCCAAGUUUACAGAUGGUGUUCAGAGGGAUUAAGGAACUUGCCCCAGGACAAACACUGUAGCUGGAUUUGGCACUGGCUGUGUCACUGCAGGACUGGACCCUAAAUGAAAUUUACGUCUUCAACCAGAUGGAAUUGGAACAGAGAAAUCCUUUAGGAGUUUGGUUUGGUUUUCCUUGAGAGCUUUUAGGUUAGUUUGAAUAAGAGAUCUGACCUGACCGGCCCAACUGUACAACUCUUCAAGGAAAAUUCGUAUUUGCAGUGGGAAGAAUAAGUAACAUUGAUCAAGAUGAAUGCCAUGCUGGAGACCCCCGAACUCCCAGCCGUGUUUGAUGGAGUGAAGCUGGCUGCAGUGGCUGCUGUGCUGUACGUGAUCGUCCGGAGUUUGAAUCUGAAGAGCCCCACAGCCCCACCUGACCUCUACUUCCAGGACUCGGGGCUCUCACGCUUUCUGCUCAAGUCCUGUCCUCUUCUGACCAAAGAAUACAUUCCACCGUUGAUCUGGGGGAAAAGUGGACACAUCCAGACAGCCUUGUAUGGGAAGAUGGGAAGGGUGAGGUCGCCACAUCCUUACGGGCACCGGAAGUUCAUCACUAUGUCUGAUGGAGCCACUUCUACAUUCGACCUCUUCGAGCCCUUGGCUGAGCACUGUGUUGGAGAUGAUAUCACCAUGGUCAUCUGCCCUGGAAUUGCCAAUCACAGCGAGAAGCAAUACAUCCGCACUUUCGUUGACUACGCCCAGAAAAAUGGCUAUCGGUGUGCCGUGCUGAACCACCUGGGUGCCCUGCCCAACAUUGAAUUGACCUCGCCACGCAUGUUCACCUAUGGCUGCACAUGGGAAUUUGGAGCCAUGGUGAACUACAUCAAGAAGACAUAUCCCCUGACCCAGCUGGUCGUCGUGGGCUUCAGCCUGGGUGGUAACAUCGUGUGCAAAUACUUGGGGGAGACUCAGGCAAAUCAAGAGAAGGUCCUGUGCUGCGUCAGCGUGUGCCAGGGGUACAGUGCACUGAGGGCCCAGGAAACCUUCAUGCAAUGGGAUCAGUGCCGGCGGUUCUACAACUUCCUCAUGGCCGACAACAUGAAGAAGAUCAUCCUCUCGCACAGGCAAGCUCUUUUUGGAGACCAUGUUAAGAAACCCCAGAGCCUGGAAGACACGGACUUGAGCCGGCUCUACACAGCAACAUCCCUGAUGCAGAUUGAUGACAAUGUGAUGAGGAAGUUUCAUGGCUAUAACUCCCUGAAGGAAUACUAUGAAGAAGAGAGUUGCAUGCGGUACCUGCACAGGAUUUAUGUUCCUCUCAUGCUGGUUAAUGCAGCUGACGAUCCGUUGGUGCAUGAAAGUCUUCUAACCAUUCCAAAAUCUCUUUCAGAGAAACGAGAGAACGUCAUGUUUGUGCUGCCUCUGCAUGGGGGCCACUUGGGCUUCUUUGAGGGCUCUGUGCUGUUCCCCGAGCCCCUCACAUGGAUGGAUAAGCUGGUGGUGGAGUACGCCAACGCCAUUUGCCAAUGGGAGCGUAACAAGUCGCAGUGCUCUGACACGGAGCAGGUGGAGGCCGACCUGGAGUGAGGCCCCCGGACUCUGGCACGCUCCAGCAGCCCUCCUCUGGAAGCUGCGUCCCCUCACCCCCUGUUUCAGGUCUCCCAUCUCCCUCAGUGACCUGGAUCUGACCUCACACCAUCAGCAGGGGGCACCCACCAUGCACACCUGUCUCAGAGUAGGCAGCUCUUCCUGGGAGCUCCAGGCUAUUUUUGUGCUUAGUUACUGGUUUUCUCCAUUGCAUUGUUAGUCAUGGUGACAAGUGACAGAGUUCUUGCCCUCUGUCCAGUUUCAGCAUCUGGUUGCUUUUAAGCCAAGUACAUCUAGUUUCCCUAUUAAAAAUGUGUCUGAAUAGCGAUUUUGCUUUGCCACCAAAAGGCUUUUCCCUGAGAACAGUGAAGGAUGUAUGUCAUUUUGUGGUGGUUGUAUGUGUCCUUACAUAGACCUUAAAAACUCACCCUUCCAGGCCAAUGCUGAAGACACAGCUCAGCUUGGAAGCCUGAGAACCCGGGCUUCCCAGGCCAGAGUGUGGCUUCUUAAAUGGCAAAGGAAAUUCCUUUGAGUCACAAGCCAAGUUUUCACCCUAUCUUCUAAGACCAUUUCCCUACACUUUGCUGCUGCUGAGAGUUACGUGGGGCACUUGUUAAAAAUUCAGCCUCCCAGGUCCCUCCCCUCGGACAGGCUGAUUCACUGGGUCUGGGAAGGAGCCUGGGGAUUUUAAUUUUUGACAAGUGCCCCAGAUGAUUCUCAUCACCAAGCAAAUUUUGGAAAUGCUGUUCAACAGCGCCCGUAAAUUGGAAACAUCUUCGUAGCUCGUUUUAUUGAAAUUCAUAAUCAGGGGUGUCCCCUAGCUCCCACGGUCUCCAGAGCAGCAAGGCCGGCUAUGGAGCUGCCAUCGUGUGACCACAGUGUGAUGUCUCAGAAGGGCUCUGGGUGGGCCGAGCAUCCGGGCUGUGCCCUGGCUCUGCUUUUCACCCUGGACAAAGUCCCUGUGGGCUUCAAUUUCUUCACCUCUAAAAAGGGGGACUUGGACCAGGUAGAUUGCUGAGCUCACUACCAGGUUCGGAGUUCAAUGACAAACUCAGUUUACUGAGGUUUGAGAGAACAUCCCUCCAGGGGAGCCUGGGAGCCGCUCUCCCAGUCUAAGCAUGUAGAUAUCAUCAUUUGCCUUUUGUGUGUGUGUGUCCUUUAUUUGAUAAAAAGAUGUUCUGAGUUUUUUUUUAAGCACUCACUUGUAAUUUUAGUUUUUAAACCCAAGUCCCUCUAACUUUGCCUUUUGAUACCAAACAAUUCAAAAGUUGGAUCUGAGUUUGCAGAAAGAUAUUUCCAACCUAAGUGGGUAUUAUUUUGAAACCAGAUUUUUAUUUAAUAGCCUAUAUUUGUAGUCUGUUGGAUAGGUGUUUCCAAAGUGUGUCUUCUCAAGUGAAAACGCAACUCUAGGUUUCAAGUACUCCUUUUCUCCGAUCCUGUGGUACUUGAAUAUCUAAAAACCCUGCACUUUGAACAGUCAGCAGUUGCUAUCUGGAACUAAACAGAACUAUGAGUAAAAUUGCCUGGAUACUUUAAAAAGAUAUUUUUCCUCCUUCAUCUCUUUUGACUCCAGGACAGACUGGAAUAUAAGUAGUGGGUCUGCAUGGAUGUUUCAGGGAUCAAAGGAGCCACCUGGGCGCCUGAUUGCCAACCCUCAGGGCCACAGGUGGGUGUGGUUUGGGCACGGGUCCAAGUGACUGUGACGGUAACGUCUGUAACCUGAAGAAGUUGUUUUCUGACAAUCACCAAAUCAUCUGAAUAACAUCAAAAACAGCCCUUAUCUCAGAAGAUUGAGAUUUCUGUGGUCUCAACUUUGCUUUGGUAUAAUUUCUGGCACUCACCAGCCUCUAUCAUUAUGACUUUCCCCCCAGUGUAUUAUUUGUCUAAUACAUUUCCUUUUCGUGUUCUUUUAGCAUAUACUGGCACUUUACCCCCUCAAUUUGGAAGCUAGUCCCUGUCCUCUGUUGCUUUUCCCUUUACCCAACUACAGCUGUGAUCUAGAAGAUUCAUAGUCAUAUUUCUGCUACUACUACCUUCAUUUCUCAAGACUUUUUAUGAGAAUAGGUAAACCAAGCAAUAACUUCCUAGGAUUGAAUCACCACCCCAGAAGAGCGAGAGGCUCCUUUCAUAUGCCUGAGGCCACACCCCUUAACCUAUUCUGACAAAAUAGUGGCUGGCCCAUGUACCAGCUCCAUUCAGAAAUUCCGGAAGAGAAAAGACAGCCCCGUUGUCACACAAACCGGUGUGGGGGAGGGUGGAGCCUGGUCUGCACGGCAGUCCCGGUGGCCCCUGUGGAGGACAGGCAGGGCUGGCAGCAUAGCCUUUGUUGCCACACAACCGAAAUUUGCUCCCUCAGGACUGUGGGCGCCAAUGUCCCAGCUGAAAUCUUUUUAGUGUGUGACUCUAAAUGGCACUCACAUUCCAUCUGGGCUCACAUGAAACUAACUGAAGCCCUUUGUUCAAGCUUCAGGCUCUUAGGCAUGGAAAUGAGAAUGUGACUGUGACUCUUACAGGGAAAUUCUUGUUUGUCCCCGAAUGGGAGCACAGAGGCACUGAAUUUACAGAGCUGCAAACUUGCCUGAUAAAUGAGGGAGUGGCAGUUUAUAGAUAGGUCAUCUUUUUUCCUUCCUCCAGGUGUCCUUGCCUUUCUUCCCAAAGUCAUUCAUUUCUGAUGAGUAUAUGAAUCCCCCUCUUGCUAGUAAGGUUCUAUUUGGGCUAAAAACAAGGCUGAAUUUUUAAAGAGUAUUUGAAUAUAUUUUAGAAUCAAAUUGAGGCUAUAAAUUGCAUCAAUCUGGACAAUUCCAUUGCAGGAAUAAUGUGUUAAAAACCAAUGGGGAGAAGCACCCACAUCUCUCCUGUAGCACUCCGUGUCUCAUAAGCAAUUUGAAGACACUUAUAAGUAACUGAUUCCAGUCAAAUUAGGAUUAACUGACUCAAAAAAUGGUGUCAAGUUUCUUUAAUGUUUUUAUGUUAGAAGUGAGUUUAACAGACUUGAAGAAAACUGUUAUCUUUUCCUGCUGUGAGUUUACACAAAUGAUUCCAGAGCGGAAUGAAAGCAGAAAGCUGUUUGUUACAAUAUUCUUUUAACCUCUCUGCAGCAUUUUACACUUACUGGGAACCUUAGGAGUCACCGUAAGAGUGGAACUAUAGCUGAGUUCUUGUCCUAAUGGUCUCUAAUUCACAUUGGAUCAUGGGCAAGUCACCUCACCUCUCUGAGCCCGUUCCCUCCUCUUAGACCAUCUCUAAGACCACUUCAUCUAUUUACACGUCAUUUGCUUGAACAUUGCUGAACAUCUGCGUGAACUUGGCUUCUCCAGCCCUUGCAGGUGGAAACGGCUAUGUCAAGGCUCAAGGCUCACGCUGAGGGUACUUGGAGGGAGGGGGCUUCUGCAUUAAGCUUUCCUGGUGAAGACCCUUGAUCUUGUCCAAAGCCCUGUGUCUUUGACUGUUCUCUUCAGAGUCCCCACUGUCAUCGUAAGAUCCUUGCUGUUCUGAAGGUGGUCUUGUGACCGUGGCAGGUGCUGGCCGCUGGAAUGAGGAGCCUAUCUCCAUCCUCCAGUGUGACUCAAGGCAGAGCAUUGAGAAUUCCCAGGGCAGAAAUCCUUCCUGCUCAGGCUUUCAUUCUAAAACCACAGUCUUCAUUAAAGCUGAACUUUCUGGGUAGCUGAGCUUAUAUGCCCAGCAUCUGAAUAAGAGCUCUCUUUGUAACUGUGUGACUUGAGAUCUAUUUUGCCAGCUCCUGGGAAACAAUACAUGUGUUCUUGUUUGUGUUUGCUCAGCAAGCAGAUGUCUGAGAUGUAAGAAGCUUUUCUUUUCCUGUGGCAUUGAUUCUGACUCAGAGCUAAAGUAAAGAUCACUGAAACAUCACGUCAAGUUGAAGUCACUCAUAGGUCUUUGUCCUUCAGGCAGGACAGGAGAGUCAUUAAGAAGCAUUUCACUGUAGCAUUCUGUCACAAUAUCAUCUGGAAUUGUUUUCUUUGCCCAGAAAGCCUUAACUUGCCUCUAGAGAAUCCCUGGUAUUACAACAAUAUUGUGGCAUUAGAAUUCAAAUUCUUCUGCUGUGGAAGUUUGAAGCGAAGCUGCAGCAAAACCAGAGAAUUUCCUCAAAUGGCCUGUAGGCUCCUUGUUAUCUUAUGCCCCCACCCCUCCCUUAACAAUAUGAGGGAUCCAGAACUGGCCCAAACACCUCAGCUCUGGCCCCUUUUUGCCCUUCUUGGCCUUACUCUGUUGUUCAAAGCCACUUUGGAUUGCUUGGAUGCUUCAAAAAGCCAUGAAAAGUAGCCUGCCUGUGGCACUUAGAGGCCAAGCAAUUGACAGAAAGGGUUUCUUCUACCUCUGUUAUCUAAGCAGAGGGAAGUAAACCUCUCACCACCCUCCACCCCCCACCCCCCACCUCCCGCUGCCCCCGAUUACACUAGAAUUGCUUUUGCCAAAUUGCACUUGAAGCUAAGGAAGGGGAAUCUGACCCCUGCUGGGAGAGGGAACUGGAAUGCCACACAAGGCAAGGCCUCCUUCCUUCCUUCCCGUCUCUGCUGCUGCUGCUGCCUCCGAACACAGCAGCCCAGGCUUCCUCCCACAGUGGCCCUUGGAAGCAGGCCGCAGAGUAGACAGCUGCUCCUUUUGGAAGAGUCAGUCCCCCGUGUUUUCUGAACUGUUUUUCCUAGCAUGUAUGUGGGUAGAGCUUCCAUGCAUCUCUAGUAAUAAUAAGCUGAAAUUAGUUUCUUUUUAAUUCUCCAAUUUAAAACUUUUAAUUAAAAAGUAAAUUUUAAUGUCAAAAUGCAAACUUGGGGAGGGCAGAAAGAUCACACACAAGGCUGUCACCUCACACUUGGAGGGUUGCGCAGCAGCCAGGCAGAGGCGCUCCUCACUUCCCAGAUGGGGCAGCGGCCGGGCAGAGGCGCUCCUCAAUUCCCAGACGCCGCGGCGGGCGGCAGAGAUGCACCUCACUUCCCAGACAGCGCAGCAGCCAGGCACAGGCGCACCUCACUUUCCAGAUGGUGGGUGGCCAGGCAGAGGUGCUCCUCACUUCCCAGAAGGUACAGUGGCUGGACAGAGACGCUCCUCACUUCCCAGAGGGUGGGCGACCGGGCAGACGCGCUCCUCACUUCCCAGAAGGUACACUGGCCGGACAGAGACGCUCCUCACUUCCCAGAGGAUGGGUGACCGGGCAGACGCGCUCCUCACUUCCCAGACAGUUGGGCGGCCAGGCAAGCGCUCCUCACUUCCCAGAUGGGGCGGCACCCGGGAAGAGGGGCUCCUCAAUUCCCAGACAGGGUGGCAGCCAGGCAGAGGCGCUCGUCACUUCCCAGAACAAUUCUUUAUGAAUUUCAUAAAGGACUGAAGUGCAGCUGAAACCUGCUAGUGAUGAUCUGGUAAUAUACAAUUUGUCCAGUAGCCAAACAGUUUGGUUUUAUUGUGUUUUCUAACCAUAAGAGAUCAUUAAAGGCAAAGCCUGUAUGACGCUGUACACACACAAAAAAAUGGUCACCGCAGGCCAUACUACCAAUGAAAUGGUAGGUAAACAAAUCUUUUUCUGGUCAAGAGAAAAAAAAAAGAAAUAGCACUCUGUGUGCUUCACUCUACAAGAUGAAUUUCCCUAGAAAGAAUCCAAUGAAGGCCGGGAGUGGUGGCUCACUCCUGUAAUCCCAGCACUUCGGAGGCCGAGGCGGGUGGAUCACCUGAGGUUAGGAGUUCAAGACCAGCCUGGCCAACAUGGUGAAACCCCUUCUCUACUAAAAAUGCAAAAAUUAGCUGGGCAUGGUGGCGGGCGCCUGUAAUCCCAGCUACUCGGGAGGCUGAGGUGGGAGAAUUGCUUGAACCCAGGAGACGGAGGUUGCAGUGAGCCGAGAUCACGCCACUGCACUCCAGCCUAGGCAACGAGUGAGACUCCGUCUCCAAAAAAAGAAAAAGAAUCCAGUGAAAAUGGCUGCAAUUACAACAAGAAGUGAAGGAAGAGGACUGGUGACAUCUCUGAAGGACGCAGUUGAGGUUGAUCCAGGUUUAUCCGAAUGUGCUACCUUUCUGAGCCUUAAACCUUCAUCUCUCAGGUGUCGAUUUUCUUCUGAUAGCUUCAUCAUUUCUCCCUGAAGUCUUUUACACUCUUCUAUUAGUUUCCUUGUUUCGGUAUCAUUAAGUGAAACACUGUGUGGUUUUGGCAUGGGUCCAUCUUGUUUAGAUGCAUUCAGUGGAACAGCUUUGCUAGGUUCCAUGUCAUUCAGUUUAUCAUUUUCAUUGGGCAUUUCAAAUACACAUCUCAAUUUGGAAUCCAUUAAUUCAUGAGGUUUUGCCUUUUUCCACACAGCUUCCAUAUCUGAAGUGUUUAGUGGAGCAAAAAUUGUACCAUAAACUUGUGUUUACUCUUUUCAUUCCGAUCAUAGUCAAAGGGCUGUAGCAUUACUGAAACAGUCACAGUUGACCCUGGGUCAAUAAUUCCACUGUUGGGCCUCACACAGUACCGGUGAGGCGCUGUAGUCUUCACUUUGAAACACACUUUUCUAUCCGAUGGAUUUUGCAAUUUAAGAUUUGUAGUGACUACAUCUGUGAAGGGGCCUUUGAAUUUGAGGUCUAUGGGCGGGUUGAGGACCAGGAUCUGCUCGUGCUUCGCCAUGGCCCCGAAGGCGGACGCCAUCUGAGAGACAGCGCAGAGCAGGGGGCGGUUUGCUCGCUGGGGGCGGGGGACGAUGGCGAGGGGGGAGGGGGAGCGAGUUUGCAUCUCUCCUUUUCCUGGUUAGACUCUGUUCAACCACAUUCUUAUGUUGGCAGAUCUGCUUCCAGAUUGAUUUUUAGAGCACCAUCACUUUCACAUUCCUAAUUCUGAUUUUGUUUUGUUUUGUUUGGGUUUUCUGAAACUUAAAAUGCUGCCCUGAAAAUACUAUAUUUUUGAGUUUGUGUUCUGAAAGCCUCCGUGCUGCUGGAUCUUUGGGGGGAAAUACAGGAUCCUUCAGCACUGAGGUGUUUAAGAUUUGCAACUAGCAAUGCAAUUUUUUCUAAAUAUGGGGAUAUUUACCUUUAUUAAGAAAUUAUACUAAACAAUGAUGUCCUUGAUCAUUUUAUGUUCUCAUAUUACUUUUGAUUCUACUAUGAUUGCGUGGUGGUGAACAAAGAUCAUUACAAACAAAAACUGUAAUUUUGUUAUAUUUGAUUCAAUGGAAUUUACUUAAAAAAUAAAGACUAAAAAUGUG